UUGGAACCUGUUUGGUAAAAAAUAAAAUAAAAUGUGACUUGAGUAGUCAAACAAGAGAUGUAUGUGUAAAAAAAAAACUAACGUUUCUUCUUAAUGUACUGUUUGUGUCUUUCAGUGAUGCCUACUCAGAAGUUGGUGCUGAUCAAGGAAGAGGCUCCUGAAGAACAGAUUCCUUAUGUGGACCAGGAGGACCAAGAAAAUCUCCAUAUAAAAGAGGAAGAGGAGGAACUGCGGACCAGUUUGGGGGAAGAGCAGCUCAAAAUGAAGGAAGAGACUGAUGCUUCCAGCUUUUCGUUUACUGCAGUUCCUUUGAAGCAUGAGGAUGAUGAAGAUAAACCUCUGUUCUUGCAGCUUCAUCAACUCCAAGUUGAAGUCAUAGAUUUUCCAACCAGCAGCUCAGCUGACAACCUGGAGUCAGCAACUAGUGGAAACUCCUAUGAAGGAACAGAAACUAAAAGAAACUCAGAUCUAAGUACACAUGAAGGUGUCUCUGUGUGUUCAGAAACGGAAGUCAGUGAGGAUGAUGAAGAUGUUAAUGAUGUGAACAGUACAGACUCUCAGCUGAAACACUUAGGAGACUCUGUGUCAAAAAUUGAAGACACUAAAAUUAAGUCUUCUCCCAGCAGGGUUCCUGACCCUUUUGUAAAAAUCAACAAAAAUGGACAGAAGCUGUUCUCUUGUACACUUUGUGGAAGAAGGUUUACCAGAAAGGGAGGUUUAAACAGACACAUGAGAUUCCACACAGGACAGAAGCCAUUUUGUUGUGGGCUGUGUGGGCGAAGAUUUACCCUAAAGGGAGAUUUAAACACACACAUGAGAAUCCACACAGGACAGAAGCCAUUUUGUUGUGCUCUGUGUGGUCAAAGGUUUACAGUAAAGUCUAAUUUAAACAAACAUAUGAGAAUCCACAUGAAACAGAAGCCAUUUUGUUGUGAUCUGUGUGAUCAAAGGUUUAUUGUAAAGAGUAAUUUAAAAACACACAUGAAAAUCCACGCAGGACAGAAACACUUUUUUUGUGAGGUGUGUGAUCAAGGGUUUACCAGAAAGAACAAUUUAAAAAAACACAUGAUAAUCCACACAGGACAUAAACCAUUUUGUUGUGUGGUGUGUGAUCGAAAGUUUACCCAAAAUAGCAGUUUGAGCAGACACAUGACAACCCACACAGGACAGAAGCCAUUUUGUUGUGAUCUGUGU